GCGGACGAGUCGCACUGAAAUCCAGGAAUCCCUCCCACAGCGCGGGGGAUCUCGACGGCAUCACGUGAUGCUAUAUAAAUCCUUGGGUCCGUUCACGAUGUCUCCAUCCAGCUUCUCAGCGACGACGACAAGAAAGGAUUCCAACUGAAUGGUUGGCAGCCACUAACCCCGGCAUCUCUACUCCGUACCGGGUACCCCGAACUUUUAGCAAACCGGCUCAGGGCAUGUCCCAGCAAGAUGGGGUUUCUCCCUCACUGGCUUCUAUAGAAGCAACGCCGCCACCAACCUACGGAACACUGAUCACCACCACUACUUCGGGUGAACACCCAUCAACCUCCCCCAUUCCAGCCCACAUUGACUCAUCUUCAAGGCCAAAAUCGCCGAACUCCGGUCAAUCAUCAAGCGCAACAUCAAGUAAAGUCCUGAUUCCGAAGCUUUCGGCAACCACGACGGAGCUCCUUGCCCGGGUAGCUGGUAAUAUCAAAGGAACACAGCAGCAGGCGCAGAGAUAUGAUCAAAACUCCGGCAGCUGGACUUCUUUCCCGCUUAAUCCAGAUUUGAAUGGCUCCAAUACUCCAGUGGCUGACACAAUGAGGGCAUCGUCAACUCUUAUCGAGCUACCCACGGCUCCCUUCGUGUACUCCAACAACAAGGUAGAGCCGCCCGCCGUUGCCCAGAAGGGCACUUCCGUGCCGCCUUCCUCGAAUGGGAAUUCAGUGAAGCCCCCUAGUCUGCUUAACAUUGCUCCGAAACCAACAUUGGCACCACCAUCCUCAACCACGCCAGUUCCCUCUCAGCCAGCAGAUACCAAGAUACAGCUGCCACCGUCGCAACCCCAGCCACCAACCCCGGCUACUACCAACCCUGCCACGAUAAAAACAUCGUCCCCAUCAGGAACUUUAACAACCAAACAAUCUAAGGCUCCCUCUAAUACCCGUCAACGGAGAAGCACUGGGACUCGGAAGAGACGUUCCAAGAAGCGUAGACGCGGCCAUGACAGCGAUGACGAAGUCAUCAGGGCCCGCGACUCGAGCUCGGAUGAAUCGGAUUUUACGCCAACUGCCACACAAACCAAGUCUGGCCGACACGUGAAUAGGCCAUCCCUUUAUAUGCCUACCCCGGCUUCCCCGGCCGCUAUCAAGGAGAAUGGCAACACCCUGGGCGGCUCGGAUAAACUCCAUGAGGCAUCUCGGAAGCGCAGACGUGUCUUCCGGAAAGGGAAGGACGCGAACAAUAUCACCUGCGUACAUUGCCAGCGAGGACACAGCCCUCCAAGUAACGCAAUUGUCUUCUGCGACGAGUGUAAUCGGGCAUGGCACCAGCGUUGCCAUGAUCCUCCUAUCGAGAACGAUGUUAUCGCUGUGAAAGAGAAGGAAUGGAUAUGUCUCGAAUGCAAACCUGUGAAGAUCUCCAUCACCCAUCCGACAGUCGUCAGAAGCAACCCAACUCUAACUUCUGCAUCCCUGCCGCCACCUGUUCAUACCCCGCCAGCACUCCCAAAAAUCGAAGUGGCGGGAGAGCGCUUUACCGCGGAUGACCAACGGAGAUUCUUGUCGGGUCUCUCGCAUGCCACACUGGUCGAGCUCCUGCUCGCCAUCUCAGAUCGCAACCCUACAGUCCCUAUUUUCCCCGAGCAUCUGAAGACCCUGCCGCUGUCGAAUUUCCCCUUUUCACACACCAUAAUGACUACUACAGCUGCUACCGUACUUACCCCCUCCCCUUCCGUCUCAACAAACACGGCCCCCGUUACCUCUACUUCGAAUAACUCCGCAUCUACUCCCAGCGCAGAAACCGACAAACCAAGCGUGGAGCCCGCUUCAGAACCCACAGGAAAGAAACGCCAUCAUUAUGAGUCUUCCGAUGACGAGUCCGAGUAUGAUUUCCAGGACCACCGUCUAUACCCUCGAGCUGGGAACGGAAUUCAACUUUCAACCAACCCUGAGGAUCUAGAUAUCAUGCAAGAAGACCCAGCCUGUCCUACUUUCAGCUAUACAUUACAUAAACGUGCCCAAGCAUAAGUCAAAAAACUUUAACAGGCGUGCUUGCGUCGUUCUUUUCUAUAUUUAUAUCUCCCUCGAUUGUCUUUUCUAUUUUCUAUCGCAUAGUUGCCUUACAGGGUUAUAGGUGUACUGGUGCGGUUUUUUUUUUUUUCCCUCUGGGGUUCUACCAUAGAGGAUUGAUUAGGCUUGGGGGUUACUGUGACAUUACUUACAUUGGGAAGCGGAGUUGCAAGGACCAAAUACACGCCGGCUGGGGUUUUUGGAGUAGCGAGUUAUGUUCUAUAUUUAAUCAACGCUUCCUUGAAUGAAUAAGAUUAAAAAAUUUGACA